AGCGGAGAGAAUGAGGCAUUCAGGGCGAGGAGGGAAAACCGAAAGGACCCUCAACCAGUGACGUUCAGUAAAAACUAAAAAGUACGAAAGCCCACCCCAAAAAUAAAUAUAUAUCUUAACGCUGAUUCUUCGUGGGGAUUACACUACAAAUUACAACAUUUGGAAACUAAUUCUCCUGGAAUAAAACAACUCAAAGGACCUUGACUUUUCCGGAAUAUCAAUCCAAGGAAUACUCGGAGUUUCCUACAAACUACCACCGUGGUCCGCUAACAUUCAGGGGUUGGGGAAGUUUCUGGUAUAUUUGACUUUAUAAGUCACCUCCCCCUCCUCGUCCCCCUCCUCGUCCUCAUCGUCCUCAAACAGUAGCUCCAUCAGCGUCCUGACCCUGGAAAUAUCAUCUCUCCUUAAAUAAAGUCUGAGCAGGAAAUUAAGCGGCGGAGCAGUUUUUUUCCAUCUCUGCAGCCUCGGAGGAAACAUCACAGGGCGUGCGGCUGUUUCCUGGCUGUCAGCAGGGCGUCAGAGGGGGAGUCUCACCUGGGACACGGGUGGGGGUCCAUGUCUCCGGCGCUCAGCAUGAGGGGGCUCUGACUGAGGAGGCUGCAGCGGGAGAUUUUUGGAAUAAAAGCUGGUUGAAACGCGAGUAAGGAAAGGAGCAUGGGGAAGGAGCAGGACCUGCUGCAGGCGGUGAAGAGCGGAGACCUGCAGUCCACUCAGAAGCUGCUGUCCAAACUGAAGAACAACAGGAACAAGUUGCUGGGCUCCACAAAGAGACUGAACGUGAACUACCAGGACUCCGAUGGGUUUUCAGCUCUGCAUCACGCCGCUCUCACAGGAACCACAGAGCUGCUGUCUGCUCUGCUCGAGGCUCAGGCCACCGUCGACGUCAAGGACAGCAACGGAAUGCGUCCGCUGCAUUACGCCGCCUGGCAGGGGAAAGCCGAGUCGGUCCUGAUGCUGCUGCGCUCCGGAGCUUCAGUGAACGGCGUCUCUUUGGACGGACACAUUCCUCUUCACCUGGCAGCGCAGUACGGACACUUCCAAGUGUCUGAGAUGUUGCUGCAGCAUCAGUCCAACCCCUGUCUGGUCAACAAGGCCAAGAAGACUCCUCUGGACCUGGCCUGUGAGUUUGGAAGAGUCCAGGUGGCCCAGCUGCUGCUGAGCAGUAACAUGGUGGUGGCGUUGUUGGAGGGAGAGAGGAAAGAGCAGACGGACUCCGCCUUCACCACCCCGCUUCACCUCGCCGCACGCAACGGACACAAAGACAUCAUACGGCUGCUGCUGAAGGCCGGCAUCGACAUCAACAAGACCACCAAGUCUGGAACAGCUCUGCAUGAAGCUUCUCUGUACGGGAAGACCGAGGUGGUCCGGCUGCUGCUUGAUGCUGGAGUGGACGUCAACAUCCGGAACACGUACAAUCAGACGGCGCUGGACAUCGUCAACCAGUUCACCACGUCGCACGCCAGCAGGGACAUCAAACAGCUGCUUAGAGGUCAGUGGUGGAAUGACAAUAAGCACAUAAACUCAGAUGCUACAGGGAUUCUGCAGGUCCGAGCUCUGAAGGAUUACUGGAACCUGCACGAUCCCACCGCUCUCAACAUCCGAGCCGGAGACGUCAUCAUGGUUCUGGAGCAGCACUUGGACGGACGCUGGAAGGGCCACAUCCACGACACCCAGAGAGGAACUGACCGUGUCGGCUUCUUCCCUCCGUCCAUCGUGGAGGUCAUCAGCAGACGAAACGGGGGCACCCUGUCCCGGCACGCCUCUCUGCCCACCCAGCGCCAGCAGCUGCACUCCAGAGCCCCCCUCUCCUCCAGCCUCAGCUCCGCCCCCCAGACUGACGACUCCUACACUCUGUAUGCUCCCCCCACCCAUGUGGUGCUCCCGCUAGCCAACGGCCUCACUACCAGCACAGGUUUGUGUCCAAGCCGCCUGUCUCAGUCUGAUUUUCCCUUCGAGGACAUCUGGGUUCUCAGGGACUCGUGUCAUGCAGGAGACCGGAACAGCGUUGGGAGUACGGGGAGCGUUGGCAGCACAAGGAGUGCCGGGAGCGGGCAGAGCACCGAAAGCAACAACACACCCAACGGGAUCCAACACAUCGCUGUUCACCAUGACAACGCCAACAAGCCGGCUCCCUCUGCUGUUGAUUGUGGACACUCAGACGUCAGCAGUCAGCCUGAUUCUCCUGCAGGUGGGACUCCUCGGAGGCAGACGGUGACGGUGCAGAGACCUGCAGAUCAGAGUUUCUCUCAGCAGUUUGUUCGUCCUCAGCAGCUGCUGGAGGGAAAGGAUGCAGAGGCCAUCUUUCAGUGGCUGAGGGAGUUCCAGCUGGAGCAGUAUACUGGGAACUUCAUCAGUGCUGGUUAUGACGUUCCAACCAUCAGCAGGAUGACCCCCGAGGAUCUGACAGCCAUCGGAGUGACUAAGCCAGGCCACCGCAAGAAAGUCUCCCUGGAGAUCAACAACCUGAACAUCCCAGAGUGGCUGCCUGAGUACAUCCCGUCUGAUCUGGGGGAGUGGCUCAGUGCCAUCGGUCUGCCGCAGUACCACAAACAACUCUCUGAAAACGGCUACGACUCCAUCAGCAUCGUCCGAGACCUCACAUGGGAGGACCUGCAGGAGAUCGGCAUCACCAAGCUGGGCCAUCAGAAGAAGCUGAUGCUGGCGGUGAAGAAGCUGUGUGACAUCCAGAGGGCGAUCCUCCAGGCCGAAUCAGGACAGGGAACGCUGCGCCGCAAAGGCCCCGGAGCCCUCCACCUGGUGACCAUCGAGCCGCCGGACUCAUCGGGCGAAUGCUCGUCUCCUCACACCCCGAAGAUGCUGACCUUCCAGGACAGCGAGCUGAGCGCCGAGCUGCAGACCGCCAUGUCCGGUCACUACGGCGGCUGCGACGAAGGCUUGGCCAUCAAGAACGCCGUGGGGAUGUCCCAGAGCCAGGAGAGUAUCGACGCCCGCUCCAGGGGCUCCGGGCGCUCCCAGGAGCCGCCCACGGCUUCCAUCAACCCCCACUGCUGGUCUCAGGAGAACCUGGAGGGCAGCCCCGCCAAGGAGAGGAACCACCCCGAGGGCUGGGAUCAGCGACCUCUGCAGCACCAGCUGCUGCCCAAGCAGGUGCCUUUGGGAACGGCGACCGUCUUUAAGUACCCGGCGAUCCCAGCCAAGCCCAAGCUGUCUGCGUCCUGUAACUCCUCCCCCCACGGCUCCCCUGCUCUGAAGGGGUUCAGCUACCUGCAUUCUCAUUGUGGAUCCACAGAUCUGAACUCGCCUCAGAGGCUCGUCGACCACAGCAUGACCCUGACUCCACCAAAGAGGCGCAACCAGAGCAAGAUCCGCUACGCUCUAUCGGACGGCGAGCCCGACGAAGACGACGACGAGGUUACUUUCCGUUCUGGGAACCUGUCGUCGUACGCCACCUUGACGCGCAAACCCGGUCGCAGCCAGCUGGCUCGGUUGCAGUCGAGCCCGGAGAAGAACGGAAACGUGGGGCGCAGCCAGUCGUUCGCCGUGCGCGCUCGCAAAAAAGGUCCCCCUCCUCCGCCGCCGAAAAGGCUGAGCUCGGUGAGCAGCACGACCAGCGGCGAGCUGAGCGACAGCAGCACAACGUCGUCAGUGGGCGGGGUCACGGACAGCCCGGUGAGCGUUCGGAGCAUUGCAGCCUCUCUAGAAGGGAGGACGGAGGGGAAGGACCCUGCUGGAUCUAAACCAGACCUCGUCCAGCAGGAGACUCCGCCUCCUCCUCUGAGCUCUACCGGUCAGGAAGCGAGAGAGUCUGGUGGCGUCAGGAGGCGGGUGCAGAGCGAGUGUAUUCCCUCUCAGACCGGCGGCGGCGCCGAGUCAGAACGAGGGGUGAAGUCGGACACCGAGGAGGAAGAACCAAAAGGUCGCGGGCUGGACCGGUCUUCAUCGCCCCACAACAGCUCCAGCGAGUGCAUCCCGUUUGCCGAAGAGGGAAACUUAACCAUCAAACAGAGACCCAAAGCUCCCGGGCCGCCGAGGGCCGAGGCCGUGCUGGAGCCUCCGGAGAAACAAGAACCCGCCAAGAACCUGGAAGUACCCGAGUUUAACCUGAAGGAGUCCGACACGGUGAAGCGUCGACACAAAGCGAAGGAGAAGGACCAGGCGGGAGGUUCCCCGAGUCGAGAGGCGGCGGAGGAUGCCGGGUCGAGCGCCGGCGGCGGCGGCAGGCCUCUGUCCCAAAGCCAGGACGACGUCAAUCUGAGGAUCAGCGAGGCGCGUCUGGUGAGGCCGGCGAGUCCAGCGACAGGAUCCCCGAUCAGACGUCCACUCUCCCCGAAACCUCCCGCCGUCGCCCCCAAACCGGUCCGCCACAGUCUCCUGGCAGGACACGCUGGACCCUUGUCUCCUUCUGUGACCGUCAGCGGGGUUCAAACCGUGGUCUUCAGCUCCCCGUCCUCCCCGGCUCACGUCCCCAGACCGCUGUCCCCUCAGGCCCCUCAGAGUCCCUCCCUGGCAGCUGCGAGGACUCAGGUGUACAUGGCUGGUCCAGGGGGCACUCCGGGGACCGAGGUGGUUCAGCAGAGGCUGGAUCAGACCAGCACGUCUCUGGAAGCGGCUCUGAAGGCCGUCGAGAAAAAACUGAACCGGGAGGACGACUCUGAAAGUGUUUCACACUCAGUGAAGUCUGCAGGGACCAUCCUGGACGACAUCGGCAACAUGUUUGACGACCUGGCCGACCAGCUGGACGCCAUGUUGGAGUGAAGACUUUUCAUCAAAUCCAAACUUCUAAAAGAAAAAAAGAUUCACCCGCAAACUCAGGAAGUGACCGAGAGAGAGAGAGAGAGAGAGGGAGAGAGAGAGAGAGAGAGAGAGAGAGAGAGAGAGAGAGAAAGGAGGGCUGACGGAGAGAUGGAUCCUCUCCUCUCUGAAGUCACCAGCUCUUAAUCUCCACCCGUGCGUCUUCAGCGACCUCCUCCUCUCACGUUUAUGACAGACUGAUGAAUCCCUGUGGACGGACGGACGGACGGACGGACGGAUUCACUUUUUUUUUAAUCGCUCAAACAUGAACCAAACAAAGACCCUAAAGUUGGACCAGCCCGCUGUGAGGCUUUUUAUUUACUAACUGAAACAUGAAGUUUGAUCUUUUUUUUGACCUCCUGACGCUUAUUCCUGUCAGGCAGCUUGUCCUCAGAUUUCUGUUGUGAAAGGUGUUUUUACUUUAAAUUCAGAUGAACUUAUUUAUUGGGUUUCCUCCUAAAAACAUACAGAAUAUAUUCACUUUUUACCAACAGAGAACAGUUAAAGUUCACUCCCCAAAUACAUGAACUGUCAUCGUCCAUUUUGUUCCUGGACGACUUGUUUGUAUUUAGGUUUUUUAGCCAUGUUGGAUUUUUUUUGGAGCUGGAGAGGAGGGAGGUGGUGAGCAGUUUUGUCGAAUCAAAAGAAAAUCUAAGUUGUAAUUCUAAAACCCAUGAAGCCGGGUUUAUUCCACAGAUGAAUCUAAAAAAAUGUAACGCACGAUUAGUUUUUAUAAACGGGAUUUUGAACGCAGGUUUUUAUUUUCCUGGAGGAGAGACGAGAAUCUGGACCGUGUCUGAACAUUUCAAAUGUUAUCUUUGUAAUAUUUAAAGAAAAAAAAAAAUCUAUUUUAUACAAAGUGACGUUAACCUCCGUGUGUGUGUCGUCUUCCACGCUGCUCGUGUUUGUGUGUUUUUAACAAACUGUUCAUGAAGCUUCAGCAGACAGUUGACAGAAAGGGAAGAGCGGCACGUUCAGCUGAGGGGGGGAGGGAGGGAGGGGGGGGGGGGUCUCUCUGUGUGAGAUACAAACUAUUUUUUGAUAUUCAUUUUAGCCGCAUUAGUAUUUAAAUUAGACUUAUCUAAAUAUGUAUAUUGUACACUAGAGGUAUAUACAGGAGCAGAUACUCAACCAAAGUCUAUGUACAGAUUCUCCUCCCAUAUUUUCACAAUCUGUCCUCCUCCUGUUUGUUUUUAACACUUUUAUUAUUCUUUACUGUCCGUCGCUCGGCCUGCGGCGCGUGGUUAAAUGGUCAUAUAGCAUGACAUGUGAGCCUGUGUGUGUGUGUGUGUGUGAGUGUGUGUGAGUGUGUGUCUCUGUGUGUUUGUGUAUGUGUGUGUGAGUGUGUGUCUCUGUGUGUGUGAGUGUGUGUGAGUGUGUGUCUCUGUGUGUGUGUGUGUGAGUGUGUGUCUCUGUGUUUGUGAGCGCUCUAUAUUUGAGAUAUUUCCUUUUUUGUUUUCCGUUUUCUCUCUUGUUUUCUCCAGCUGUUAUCUGUUUAACUUUUGAAUAACUAAGAUGUUACUCUGCUCGUAUGUUUUAAUCUUUAUUGACAGAGAAUAAAGUUCAUAAAGAGAAA